AUGAAUUUCAUGGGAGUCGUUGGAAAUGAUCGGGUGACCUAUUAUCGAGUAGAAUGGGAUGUUCUAAGAGCAGUCAUGCAUCGUAUGGGCUUUGUGGGUAGAUGGAUUGACCUUGUCAUGACUUGUGUGUCAACAGUCCGUCAUAAAGUUGUUCACGGUGGCCAUGUGUUGAGCCUAUCCAGCCGUCUCGUGGAAUCUGCCAAGGUGACCCUCUUUCAACAUACCUUUUCAUUAUAUGUGCAGAAGCUUUUUGAACAAGCUUCUGGCCAAAAGGUUAAUCGCUCCAAAUCCUCAAUUUUCUUCAGCCCUAACACUGAUGCUCUAACUCGGUCUCAGGUUUGCUACAUCCUCCAUAUGAUCGAAGCUCUUGAAGGCAGUAUGUACCCUGGUCUCCCCAACAUUAUUGGUCGUAAUAAAAAUGUCGUGCUUGGUUUUAUCAAGAAUAAAAUCAUUGCUCGGAUAAACAGUUGGGAUGUCGAAUUCCUAUCCUGUGCUGGAAAGGAAAUUCUCCUCAAAACUGUCAUACAAUCUCUACCCCCUUACGCUAUGAGUGUUUUCCUUCUACCACUAUGCACUUGUACUGAAAUUGAGAAAUUAAUGGCCACCUUUGGUGGAAGACUAGCUCAAGUAAAGGACGUGGUAUUAUUUGGAUGUCUUGGGAUAGAUUAG